UUCACUGAGAUGAUCCGGAAGCCAUGCCAGUGACCUCCCUCGCAUUCGCUUCAAUACCACCAAUCCCUCCGUCCUUCUCCUCUUCAAUCAAUCGGUUUCCUCCCUCCAAUGCCGCCUGCGGUUGUCGUCUCCCCAUCAAGUUCCGCUCCGGCUGCGCUGCCCUCUCUCUGCGCCUCACGCCAAUCCGUGCCUCCGCAGGCGGUGAGCACGACCCUGAUCCCUACGCUUUGGAUGGAAAGGUGGAAAUCGGAGAAGCUCGUGCUGCUGUCAUGGAGUUGUUGCUGGAAUCUGGAGCUUCCGCGGAGGAUGCGUUCCAGAUAGCGGUGAAGGCACCCAAGUAUGUGGGUAUGCUUGUAGAUAGUGUGCGGGAGCUGGAUGAGCAUUGUCUGUGGAGUUCCUGGGCUGAUGAUUCGGAACAAGGAGAAUUGUUGGAUUCUGGGCGAGUUGGUUUCAGGAAAAAGGUUUUUUUAAUAGCGAAGAAGAAAGGGAAUGGAGGAGUUGUUCCUCUUCUUGAGAGUAUAGGUUUGAAAGAGUCAUCUUCCUUGCUUAUUGCGCGGUACCUGGACUCGCAGAGGCUUCCGGCGCUGAUUGGGAAGGUAAAAUUUGUGAAGGAGAUGUUGUUCUCAUGUCGUGGUCAAGAGGCAGUUGUUGGCCGAAAUGCUCGUCGCAUGAUGAUGCACUUAUCGAUCUCUAUAGAUGAUGAUAUACAACGAACUUUAUCAUUUUAUGAAAAAAUGGAGGCCAGACACGGGGGUCUUGACAUGCUGGGUUAUGAAAGUUCCUUUCCUUGCAUUAUAGAGUCAUUCCCAAGCCUGCUUUCCCAGUUGACAGAGGACCACUUUAAAAUAUUGGCUGAAUUUCUCAAGUCACUUGGGGUUCCUCAACCAAGCAUUGGAAUUAUACUGUUGUUAUUUCCUCCUGUUAUAUUCUAUGAUAUGGAGAAAGAGAUGAAGCCAAGAAUACAUGCCCUGGGGGAGGCAGGUGUGAAAGACGAUGAUAUUGUCAGAGUGCUGUUGAAGUAUCCAUGGAUUCUUUCAACAAGCAUUCUAAACAACUAUAAGAAGAUACUCGCUUUCUUCAAGUCAGAAAAGGUUGCAAAAUCAACUGUUGAUCUUGCAAUUAAAAGUUGGCCCCAUAUAUUAGGAUGCUCAACUCUCAAGAUGAAAUCAGUUGUGGAGCAAUUUGGUGAAUUGGGAGUUAGUAAGAAGAUGAUGGCUCCAGUUAUUACUGCCAGUCCUCAACUGCUUCUGAGAAAGCCUACUGAAUUUCAUGAGGUGGUAUCUUUAAUGGAGGAAAUUGGUCUGGGUGGUAAAACCACCGGGAGGAUUUUAUGUCGCUGCCCCGAGAUAUUUGCUUCCAGUGUUGACAACACUCUCAGGACGAAACUUGAUUUCCUCAUUGAUUUUGGAAUCCCAAGGGACCAUCUUCCCCGUGUUAUCAGAAAAUAUCCGGAGCUUCUUGGUUUAGAUGCCCAAAAGACAUUACUGCCCAGAAUGAGGUUUCUAAUGGAAAUUGGGCUAUCCAAGCGGGAAGUUUGCUCCAUGAUUGUCAGGUUUUCUCCUCUGCUGGGCUAUAGCAUUGAGGUUGUUUUAAAACCAAAGCUUGAGUUUCUCUUGAGCACCAUGCAGAGGCCAUUGAAGGAAGUUGUGGACUACCCAAGGUACUUCAGCUAUUCACUGGAGAAAAAGAUAAAACCCAGGCACUUUGUACUCAAGAGCAGAAAGAUUGAAUGCAGUUUGAAAGAAAUGCUUGGGAAAAACAAUGAAGUUUUCGCAGCGGUAUACAUGGGCAUCGGGAGGAUGGUUGUCACACCUUCAUCCCCGUCUGAUGGUAGUUAAUAUUCAGAAAAGAUUGAGCUUUCUGCCAUCAAAUGUUGUACAUGAAUUUUUCUAGUAUCAUCCGAAGCUACCCAGAGGUUGUUGUAUAGGCGUCCGGUGCAGCGGUGGUCUAUCGAUACAAUGUUGAAACAGAGUACCCUGACUUAAUUAUGGUAAAUGAUAUAAGAGAUUAAGAGGGGGUUUUCAGCAGAUAUAUACGUGUGUUAAUAUUAUUUUGUUUAAUAUUGCAGUGAUUUAUAGCAAAGUUUGGGAUUCCAUCUUCCUAGCAAAAGCCUCACAACUAAUAUAGUGUCAUUGUAUCAGUGUUAUGUUUAGUCUCUGCCCCUUCCAGAGGUAGUAAGUGGCAUUGUAUUUUAUUUAUUGAUUUUAGCUGUGACGAAUUCAAGAAUUUUAUGUAGUGGGCUUCAUAUAUAAUAUAUAUUU